CAACACCAACAACAGUCUGUGUGAAGGGCGAAUGACACGCGAUGCCGUUCAAGAAGGGACACGCGGCAAACCAGCAGGGCAAGGAGAGUAGAGACAAGGAGCGGGAAGAAAGCUCGACACCCAUCCCAUCAACAGAAGCCGCAUCGGGCAACGAUGGCUCCCAACUCCCCGACGAGACGUGGAAUGCCAUGUCACGUGUCCUAAACGCCAUCUACGACUACCGGACCGAAGACGGGUUUGACCCUUCCAAGCUCUUCCACCGCAAGGUCAAUAAGCGCGUCAUACCCGAGUAUUACGAUACCAUCAAGGAACCGAUUGCUUUGAGUACCAUCAAGGCCAAAAUACACCGGAAAGACUACCGAGACGUCGCGCAGUUCGUGCGUGACUUUGCCCUCAUUCCGCAUAAUGCACAAGUCUUCAACCGGCCCGACAGCGGUGCAUUUCAGGAUGCGCUCGUGAUCAAAGCGCAACUGGAGAAGCAGCUACAACUUCUGGUGAACGAAGGACUCAUCACGAAGGAGGUUGCUACACUGCCAUACCUCGGCGAGAUUCCCACGUACGAGGAUGUGCCGAUGGAGGAGGCGGGCGAGGCGGAGGAGGAGAGCAGCGACGAAGAGGGCGAGGAGGACGAUGAGGACGAGGUCGACGAUUUAGAUGAUGAAGGGAGGCCUCGUAAGAAGCGAAAAGGCGGACGAGGCGCGUCGAGCAUAGUGAAGCGCGAGGCGGCGGACGAUGGUGUGCCCGUGGAGAAGAAGGCAAGGGGUAGGCCCCCGAAGCUACUUACUCCGACGGAGGCGCGAAUACAGGCCAUCCUGAAAGGCAUACGGAAGCCGAAGAAUCAGCGAGGUGCAUUGAUGAUCAAGGACUUCGAUCGCUUGCCGGACAAGCAGGCCAUGCCGGAAUAUUACGUCGAAAUCAAGAAUCCAAUUGCGUACGAUGUCCUCAAGCGCAAAGUGAAGCGCAAGAAGUACCGUUCCGUCGAAGAGUUCAUGGCAGACGUCAACUUGAUGUUCAACAAUGCCAAGGAAUACAAUCAGGACGACUCUCAGGUCUACAAGCAUGCCACCGCGCUCCAGAUCGAGGCCGGCCGACUGUAUGACAAUGAGAAAGCGAAGCCAGACGACACUUUCGCGGACGAGGAAGGCAAGAUACCGAUGCCAAACGGUAUCCUGCAUAAUGGCGAUCUCUACAAAGUUGGCGACUGGGUCCACAUUCAGAACCCCAACGAUCUUACCAAGCCUAUCCCGGCGCAGAUCUACCGCACAUACAAGGCAUCUAACGGACAGAGCAUGGUGAAUGUGUGCUGGUACUACCGUCCGGAGCAGACAGUACACCGCUUCGACAAGCACUUCUACCCAAAUGAAGUGGUCAAAACGGGUAGGUACCGCGAUCACCACAUCGAAGAGGUUGAAGGCAAGUGCUUCAUCAUGUUCUUCACUCGGUACUUCAAAGGCCGACCGCGCGGACUGCCGGAGGGUAUGGAAAUCUAUGUCUGCGAAGCUCGCUAUAACGAGGCCAAGCACGAGUUCAAUAAGAUAAAGACGUGGGCUUCAUGCUUGCCAGAUGAAGUGAGGGACAAGGACUACGAGAUGGAUCUCUUCGACCAUUCGCGCAAGAUGAAGAAGUUCCCGUCACCGAUCGCGUACUUGCUGAAGGACGAGCAGAAGGAGACCGAUGAGUUUCCAAAGGUGCAGUGGGGUGCUGAUGGUGCGCCGCCGAAGAUUGGUGCUGUACAUAGGCGACCACGCGGUGACCGAGAUAGCGCACCACCAGAGCCGACGCCACCGCCGCCACCGAAACUGCCGACGCCGCCACCAAGGCAGGUUGCUCCCUCGCAGUCGACCUACAACGCCACACCUCUUCCGCAAAGCCAACCGUCAGGUCCAAGACCGGUAGGCCGGCCACCACUCUCCUCAUAUACAGCGUCACAUCCACAGCAAUACACGCAACCUUCCGUUCCGUCUCCCGCGCCCGUACGCCCGCCUUCAGCCAUGUCGCAGACGAGUAGCUACACGACGCCUCAAACUCCGCAACCGGCCCCUGCCGCUCUACCUCGGACCAUAGCGCAGAGCACUACGAACUACCAGACACCGGCCGCGGCCUCCAUCCCACCAAACCCUGCCACUUACCCCACGCGUCCAGGCACGCAACAAGGGAGCAGCUACCGCGAUCCGCCGCCAAUAGAAGUCUACGUCUUACCCGACCAAGCCAAUCUCAGCAUCCCGAAGGAAAUCCGGGAUCAGUACCAGCAGGACGACACAGGCCGCGUGUUGUUCUUCACCGCCCCGCCUGUCGCUGUCGCUGUUGAUGGCGGCGGAGUGGGCGUGAAGGGUCACAGCGUGCGCUACCUAGCCGAAAAGGCGCGGCGGGCACAGUUGCUGGCGAAGAAGCGCAAAGUGCGGGAGGAAGAAUUGCAGAUGGAGGAGCGCGUUGGGAAGAAGAUCCGGGUGGAGGAGGAGGCUAGGGUGCGGGAGGAGGUUGAGCGGUUGAAGCGGAGGGCGCUGGGGGUGCUGGAGGAGCAGUUGAGGGAUGCUACGGUGGGGGAGCUGAGUGACGCGGAUUUGGCACGGUUGGGCGAGGCUCAGCGGAUGGCGGUGGGGCAGAGAAAGGCGGUUGAGGCGCAUGCGGGGAGGAGGGUGGAGGGGCGGAGGGUUAGGCUUGAGAGUGGACUGUUUGGGGAUGAUUGGGAUAAUCGGUUGAUGGGUUAGGUGGCGUCGCCGGCAUGCGAGGCUGAUGGCGGAACUGGUACGUGCAGCAGUGCCACCGGAGUCGCGAUGGCACGAUGUACGAGCUCGACAGACAUGGUAGUCAGUAUGGUACUGUGCACUAGGCUGGGCUGGUGGUUUCAUGUGCGGCGUGCCAGCGCGCAUACCUUUAUGUAUCUAUACUAGCGCCCAUAGCCACGUCGGAGAACGGCAAACGCCACCCCUAUCAUCGUAGACAUUCGGCGCCGGAAAAGGAGUGUCGUCUCCGCAAACUGGAAGUUUGGUGGGCCAGUGUACAGCGCAGCAGCAGCUACUGCUUGCCAAUGUUGUCUCACAGGUUUUGGCUCCUGACACGGCGGACGUGCGGUGCGG